CAAUUAUCGAGAUCCAAUUAUAAUGAACAAAUGAAUGACAUAGGAUAUAAACCAACAGAGACAGAUAAAGAGAAGAAAUACUCAAGAACACACACGGACAUGGUCGCACACACACACACGCACACACGCACACAAACACACAGGCUCCCACAUAUACACACACGCACGGACUCACUCACUUACACACACACUCAUAUAUAAAGUGAAAUGGGGAAGUGUGAGUGAGAAAGAUGGUGGUAGAGUAUGUGUAGCAAUGGUAGCAAAAAGACAAAACGAUUAAGAGAGGCAGAGGGGGAGAAGAAGAGAGAGAUUGAAAGAGAAAAAGACGGUGUGAAAAGAGAAAGAGAGAGACGAGUGAGUGUGGAUGAUGAUGAGGGUAAGAGGGUUGAAAGGGAAGUAAAGGGAAAGUGUGUGGAGAGUGAAAGGGGGAGAAAGAUAGCGUAUGUCUCUAUAACGGUUGGAAAUUGUUUGUAAGAGAGAAAGGGAGAGAGACGUGAAUGAAGGAGAAAAAAGAGGGAACGACAGACAGAGAAGAAGGUUAGAAAGAGAGGGAGAAACAGGGAAGAGAGGAAGGAAAAGAUAGAAGUGGGGAGAGAAGAGAGAGAGAGAGAGAGAGAGAGGAAGAUAGGUUGAGAAAUGCAGGAUAAUUUUGAAGUGUUAGAAAGGAAUGUAAACGACAGCUCCUAGCAACAUAAAUAAACAAAACCAUCAAGACAGAGAAUACAUCAUUGAGAACAACAACAACAAGAACACCAUCAAAUGCUGCACAGGACAUCAAUAACAGCAACUACGCCAACAAUAACAGCAGCAGCAACAACAACACAAGUAAAAAAAACAAUAGAUCAAUAGAAUCAACAUCAAGUUCAACUACAGAAGCAAUAGUGUUCAGUGGAGCAAUAACAACAAGAACGAUAGGUGCCGCAACAAUAACAAAAGUAGCCCCGAUUACAGCAAUAUCAGCGGCAACAGAAUUAACAAUACAAGUUCAAAACAUACAUCAACAGAAUGAACAUAAAGUUCAGCUAUAGAGGAAACAGUACCAAGUGCAGUAACAACAACAACAACAACAACAGCAGCAGCAGCAACAACAGUAACAACAACAACAUUAGCUAAAGCAGCAGCUGCAGUUGUGAAAAACAUUGGUAAACAACACUGGAGUAGAUACUUUUGAGACAGCAAUAGAAAGAGAGAGAAGGAAAGGGAGGGUGAAAGAGCAGGAAGAAAGAAAGGGUAGAUAAAUUUGACAAAUAAAAAAAAUUGAAAUAAAAAGGAAGGAAGAAACAAAAGUUAUUUGUAUUAUUAAUGUCACUAAAUAAUAUUUUUGAAGAAAACAACAGUAACUAUAAUAGCAACAGCACCACCGCCAUUAGUAACAACACAACAACAAAAACAAUGAUAACAAAGCGUGAAGAAAAUAAAAAAUUAUAAAAAUAUUGCUUAAAGAUAAUAAAAAUGCUUACACGUCCGCACAUUUGACAAAGUAUUUAACAUCGACACACAGACACAGCGAAUAAAAAUAAAUACACAAGUACUUGAAUACGCAUUAAAGUGGACAUAUCCGGCGCAAAUAUUCUCCCUGUUUUAUGUUCAAAGUAACCAAAUCCAGCCCCUGAUGUCUCCCCUGCUGUGUCAUCCUAAAAAUAUACAAUCGUGGCAUCAAAAUUUUGAAGCUAUAAGAUAAAGAGAAAUUCUAAACAAUGUGAAUAAGGAUUACAUUUGGCAGAGAAAUAAACUGAAUGCUAAAGGAUUAUACAUACAUGCCUGUUGAGAUAAUCUGUAGGCGCAAAAAGAUACGUUAUUAUGUAUCUCUUUAGCAUUUAAACAAGCCAUACCUAGGGUCCAAAAUAUUCUACUUGUUUUAUAUUCAAACCAGCCAAAUCUGGCCUCUCACACAUACCCAACAAUGUCAUUCUAAAAAUAAACAAUUAUCUUGUCCAAGUCUCAAAGCUACGAGAUAAUCCGGAAUUAAUUUAAAACAAUGGGAAUGAAUCAGCAGAACAUUUGAUGCAGGACUCCGAAUGUUGAAGGACCAAUGCAUUCCCAUACCGGAAGCCCUUAUAUGGUCUAUUGAUCUGCUAGAAAUAGCAUCCAAAUUUCUUUCAAACUACCACAUCUUAACGUUUUUGUUAUUUUUAUGUGUGUUUUUUUUUUAAACAGAAAGAAUGCAAAUUGAUGAGGAAAAGGAAGAAAAACAGAAUUGUUGCGAUGCCAUGCAUUUCAUCAUAGGCUUGCUGGAUUGGAACUGACCUGGGGUUAAACAGCAACAACAACAACAUCAACACACACUUCAAAACUAAUCAACACGCGCGCGCGCACACAUGUAAAGCAACUCAUAACACAUGAUUGCACGGGCAUAUAAACCUUCCGUCACGCAAAGUUACAUACACAGCACGCACGCCUCCACUUCAUACACACACACACACACACACACACAGUCCUGCCUACCUACCUACCUACAUACAUACAUACAUAUUUAUACAUUUAUAUAUAUACACUGAGACCAAGGAAGAUAUAAAAAUAAAGAUAUAGAUAUAAAGCUAUACGUACAUAUAUAUACAUAUACAUACAUAUAUAUAUAUAUAUAUAUAUAUAUAUACAUAUAUAUAUAUAACAGUCUUUACAAAAUGACGCAUUCCCAUUCGUUAUUGACGUUCGGUACUUGGUAUGCGGGCAUCCACGGUUACUUGAGUACGUGUGUUUGUGUGUUCGGUAUUGUCACCAGCAUUUUCAACAUUACUGUUUUAUCUCGCAAGAAUAUGCGAACUCCAGUCAAUAAUAUACUUAGUUGGUUGGCUGUUUCCGAUAUGAUCACAAUGGUAUCUUAUGUUCCGUUUGCCAUUCAUUUUUACAUCUUAAAUAACCCGAUGCAGCUGUCACCGACCAAAAACAACAAAGGCUGGACGUGGUUCAUGCUCUUCCAUUUGAACUUGGUCAACACUACACACACCAUAUCGAUCUGGUUGUGUGUUCUGCUCUCCAUCAUACGUUACGCUCAUUUAAGGUCGCCGGCCCGCGGAGAAUACGUACGGUUACGACGACUGAAGCUAUCUCGGAUCUUCAUAAUGAGUAUUUAUAUCUCUUCGGCCGUAAUGAUGACACCAAACUUCAUAACGAAGAAAAUCGUCGAGAAACCAACAAUGGACAAUCAAACUGUUUAUCUGAUUAUUGAUGAUAAUUUGAUCAAUUCCGACUCUCAGGCGGCAAUAAUUCUUAACUAUUGGUUGUACGCCAUAACAGGGAAGUUGCUGCCUUGCGUGCUCAUCUUUAUAUUUGGUGGUCUUCUUAUUUAUAAGAUUCAUGAAAAGACGCGCCGGCGCAAGCAAAUGAUGCAGAUAUCUUGCGCCAACCGGACUCGCCUCUCAGAACAUUCCCGAACAACGAAAAUGCUGUUGACGGUAAUUGUUCUGUUUCUCGUGACUGAAUUACCCCAAGGUAUAUUGAUUGUGAUGAGCAUCACCACACCGAACAUCUUCGACCUCAUUUACGUACCACUCGGCGACCUCAUGGACAUUAUCGCUCUCGUAAACAAUGCUAUCAACUUCGUACUUUACUGUACCAUGAGUCAGAAAUUCAGAAACACUUUCUUCGAUGUUUAUUGCGCAUGUCUGUGUAUGCAUACCCAAAAUGAGAGCGAUCUACCUCUCAGACAGAAAAUUGAUUCAUACAGUAACAACAACCAGGUGUGAACAGAUCUAAAAAUAAUCAAGAACUAUGAAAUGCAGUCAAAUGAAGUGAUAUAAACUCUUGUAUGUGAUUUAUUUUUUUGUUAUUUUUCAUUAUAUUUCCAUGAUCCUGUUUAUAUAUUGUUUUAUAUUAUUUAUUUAUUUAAGAAUAUUUUUGAUUUUAUAUUUUAAUAUAUUAAAAUAUAUUAAAAUAUAUUAAAUAUAUUUAACACGUUUUGAUAUAUUUUGAAAUAUCUUAAUAUAAUCAUGUGUCAUAAACGUU